UAUUUUUGUAACGGGAGUCUCGGGAAGGGACGGGGCGUGCCCCGCCGCGCGCGCGCACCCGCCCGCCCGCGCGUCUCCACAGCUCGCCGGCGCCAGCCCGGGGAAGCGCGUCAUGCCGCCCAAACACCCCCGGAGAGCGGCGGUCACCGCCGUCGAGCCCCCAACACCCCCGCUGCCACCACCACCACCGCCUGCGGAAGACCCGGAGCCAGACAGCGGCCCCGAGGACUUGCCUCUGGCCAGGCUUGAGUUUGAAGAAACGGAAGAACCUGAUUUUACUGCAUUAUGUCAGAAAUUAAAGAUACCAGAUCAUGUCAGAGAAAGAGCUUGGUUAACUUGGGAGAAAGUUUCAUCUGUGGAUGGAGUAUUGGAAGGUUACAUUCAAAAGAAAAAGGAGUUUUGGGGAAUCUGUAUUUUUAUUGCUGCAGUUGACCUAGAUGAGAUGCCGUUUACUUUUACUGAGCUACAGAAAAACAUAGAAACCAGUGUCUAUAAAUUCUUUGACUUACUAAAAGAAAUUGAUACCAGUACCAAAGUUGAUAAUGCUAUGUCAAGACUGAUGAAGAAGUAUAAUGUAUUGUGUGCACUCUACAGCAAAUUAGAAAGAACAUGUGAACUUAUAUAUUUGACUCAACCCAGCAAUUCGUUAUCUACUGAGAUAAGUUCUCUAUUGGUUCUGAAAGUUUCUUGGAUUACAUUUUUACUAGCCAAAGGGGAAGUAUUGCAAAUGGAAGAUGACCUGGUAAUCUCAUUUCAGUUAAUGCUGUGUGUGCUGGACUAUUUUAUCAAGCUCUCACCUCCUGCGUUACUCAAAGAGCCAUAUAAAACAGCGGUAAUACCUACUAAUGGUUCACCUCGAACACCCAGGCGAGGUCAGAACAGAAGUGCACGAGUAGCAAGACAACUAGAAAAUGAUACAAGAAUUAUUGAAGUUCUCUGCAAAGAACAUGAAUGUAAUAUAGAUGAGGUUAAAAAUGUUUAUUUCAAAAAUUUUAUACCAUUUAUGAACUCCCUUGGAAUUAUAACUUCUAAUGGACUUCCAGAGGUUGAAAGUCUCUCUAAACGAUAUGAAGAAAUUUAUCUUAAAAAUAAAGAUCUUGAUGCACGAUUAUUUUUGGAUCAUGAUCAAACUCUUCAGACUGAUCCUAUAGACAGUUUUGAGAUGCAGAGAACACCACGAAAAUGUAACCCUGAUGAAGAAGUGAAUGUGAUUCCUCCACAUACUCCAGUUAGGACUGUUAUGAAUACUAUCCAGCAGUUAAUGAUGAUUUUAAAUUCAGCAAAUGAUCAACCAUCUGAAAAUCUGAUUGCCUAUUUCAAUAACUGCACAGUAAAUCCAAGAGAAAAUAUACUGAAAAGAGUACAGAAUAUUGGACACAUCUUUAAAGAGAAAUUUGCAAAAGCCGUGGGACAAGGAUGUGCUGAAAUUGGGUCACAGAGAUAUAAACUUGGAGUCCGAUUGUAUUACCGAGUGAUGGAAUCUAUGCUUAAAUCAGAAGAAGAACGGCUAUCCAUUCAAAAUUUUAGCAAACUCCUGAAUGACAAUAUCUUUCAUAUGUCUUUAUUGGCGUGUGCUCUUGAAGUUGUAAUGGCUACAUAUAGCAGAAGUACAUCUCAGAAUCUUGAUUCUGGAACAGAUUUAUCCUUCCCAUGGAUUCUGAAUGUACUUGAAUUAAAAGCCUUUGAUUUUUACAAAGUGAUUGAAAGUUUUAUCAAAGCAGAAGCUAAUUUGACAAGAGAAAUGAUUAAACAUUUAGAACGAUGUGAACAUCGAAUCAUGGAAUCUCUGGCAUGGCUUUCGGAUUCACCUUUAUUUGAUCUUAUUAAACAAUCAAAGGACCGAGAAGGACCAGUAGAUCACCUUGAAUCUGCUUGUCCUCUCAACCUCCCUCUCCAGAAUAAUCACACGGCAGCAGAUAUGUAUCUUUCUCCUUUAAGAUCCCCAAAGAAAAAAGGUUCAACAACACGUGUGAAUGCUACUGCAAAUGUUGAGACACAAGCCACCUCAGCAUUACAGACUCAGAAGCCAUCGAAAUCUACCUCCCUUUCACUCUUUUACAAAAAGGUAUACCGGCUGGCAUAUCUCCGACUAAAUACCCUAUGUGCACGCCUCCUCUCUGACCACCCAGAGCUAGAGCACAUUAUCUGGACUCUGUUCCAACAUACACUACAAAAUGAGUAUGAGCUCAUGAGAGACAGGCAUUUGGACCAGAUUAUGAUGUGUUCUAUGUAUGGUAUAUGCAAAGUGAAGAAUAUAGACCUUAAAUUCAAAAUCAUUGUAACAGCAUACAAGGAUCUUCCUCAUGCUGUUCAGGAGACAUUCAAACGUGUUUUGAUCCGUGAAGAGGAGUAUGAUUCCAUUAUAGUAUUCUAUAACUCAGUUUUCAUGCAGAGGCUGAAAACAAAUAUCUUACAGUAUGCUUCCACCAGGCCUCCUACCUUGUCACCAAUACCUCACAUUCCUCGAAGCCCUUACAAGUUUCCUAGUUCUCCCUUAAGGGUCCCUGGGGGAAACAUCUAUAUAUCACCCCUGAAAAGUCCCUAUAAAAUUUCAGAAGGUCUGCCAACACCAACAAAAAUGACUCCAAGAUCAAGAAUUUUAGUAUCAAUUGGUGAAUCAUUUGGGACUUCUGAGAAGUUCCACAAAAUAAAUCAGAUGGUAUGUAACAGCGACCGAGUACUCAAAAGAAGUGCUGAAGGAAGUAACCCUCCUAAACCACUGAAAAAACUGCGCUUUGACAUUGAAGGGUCAGAUGAAGCAGAUGGAAGUAAACAUCUCCCAGGGGAGUCCAAAUUUCAACAGAAACUGGCAGAAAUGACAUCUACUCGAACACGAAUGCAAAAGCAGAAGAUGAAUGAGAGCAUGGAUACCUUGAACAAGGAAGAAAAGUGAGGAUCUCAGGGCCUUGGUGGACACUGCAUACACCUCUGGCUUCACCAUCUCUCCAGGCCCUCUCCCUGGUUCUGUUUACAGCCCAUGAAACAUCUCCAGCUUUGUAGAUAAUAGAAGGUGCAGAUGUAAGUCACAUUUGUGCGUGGUAAUUCCUAAGCCACUUUUGAUGUUGUGGUCAAUGGUAUAAAGAUUUAUUACACAAGAUUGAGAAUCUUGUGUAAACCAUGCCAUUUAAAAAGUACUUCAGAUUUUUGCAUUCCCAAAGUAAAAUGGCUCUGCUUUAUGAGUAAUGAGGCUGGCUCUGGAGUAGCGUCCUAACAGGCCAUGCCCGUCUGACUACUUUGCCUUCCCUUGUAGCAUAUGUGUGAUGUUUGCUCUUGUUUUUAUUAAUUUAUAUGUAUAUUUUUUAAUUUAACAUGAACACCUUUAGGAAAUGUCUCCUGUCUUCCAAAUGCAAUUGACUGCCUACCACCCACAUUAUCAUAAACUGUAAAACACAGUAGAAACUAGGAAAAAAUUACUAAUUUCUACAUGUUAGACUUUUAGUAUUGGAAUCUGACUUGACAUGUGCUUGUAUUACAAACUUUGGCUUUUUAAAUACAAGCAAAACACAGAGUUUAAACGUAAUACUAUCAUACUACUGAAACAGAUUUCAUACCUCAGAACUUAUUAGAACUUACCCUUUUCUUCAUCCAACUUAUUCUUUUUUUAAAAAAGGAUUAUUGAAAAUACUCUUGAAACUUUUAAAAAACCAUUCAGAUCACUGAAUUUAUAUAUAUAUAUAUACCCAUCUAAUACUUGAAAAAGUAGUGUCCAGCCAGAGCUUUGCCACAGGGGACCCUGAUAAUAGUAUGUCUCAAGUGCACUUUCUAAGCUUUCUGGGUCCUGAAAAAUCAUGACAUAAACUAAUUUUAUUCCACAAACAGACUGUUAACUGUAGGAGCCUUAAUUUUUCCCCCUUGGAUAUUAAGGACAAAUCACUGCAACAAUGAGUCUGCCAUCCUAGAUUUGGGAAGGUUUGUGUUUUCUCUGGAAUGAUACAUUCCAUGUAUCUUUUGAAGUCAAUAUGGUCUAACACUGGCACAUUUCAAAGCCACAUUUCUAGUUUGAAGUUGAAAGUAUUCAAAGGUCUUUUUAAGUUAGGUAUUAUGUUUCUGAUUUGUGCAAAAUUUUCAAUUAAAAUAGCCGUAUUAGAAAAAGAGACGUUUUCUCCCUACCCCCAUACCUAAAGGUGUAUUUAAACUAUCUUGUGUGAUUAACUUAUUUAGAGAUGGUAUAAUUUAAAAUAGGUGGUAUUUAAGAUAGUAUCAAUUAGCAUUUAGGGAAAUCACUUUGUCUAAACUCAGAGUUCUUUUUAAAAAGAAAUCUGGUCUUAUUUGUCAGAGAACAAUUUUAUUUUGUGCUUAAGUUUCAAGCUCACUAUUUCAGUUACUUGGAUAACAAUGACAUUAGCUUUACCCUAUUUCUUCAUUUAAAGUUUUGCAUGAAUAUUUUACAGACAGAUCAGUUCAUUUUUAGGUCAAGGGCUUACCAUAUUUCUGGGUUGUUUGCUACUAAGCUGACAUUAGAAUUAGUGACAGAAUUUUAGGAAUUUCCAAGAUCAUGCAUUGAAGUUUCUUCAGGCUUAUCAUAUACUGCUUUAUUGCCUUUUCUUUGUACUGGUUAAAACUGUACAUUUAAAAUUGCUAUGUUACUAUUUUCUACAAUAGUUUGUCUAUUUUAAAAUAAAUUAGUCGUUAAGUCUUAA